GGUCAGAGACUGCAGACAUGAUACAGGAGAUGGUCAGAGACUGCAGACAUGAUACAGGAGAUGGUCAGAGACUGCAGACAUGGUACAGGAGAUGGUCAGAGACUACAGACAUACUACAGGAGAUGGUCAGAGACUGCAGACAGUUUACAGGAGAUGGUCAGAGACUGCAGACAUGAUACAGGAGAUGGUCAGAGAUUGCAGACAUGAUACAGGAGAUGGUCAGAGACUGAGGACAUAAUACAGGAGAUGGUCAGAGAUUGCAGACAUAAUACAGGAGAUGGUCAG